AUGGCGCUGAGCCUGGGCGUGAAAAACACAUUCGUCUACGCAGUAAGUAUUGAGCAGACGAGCUCCGAAGACGAAGGUCUGCGCCGGUCCAGCUCAUGCCCUUCCCUUGUCGCCCCUCGUGCCUGCGAUGAUGCCGUUAGCGAGGGUGCCACAACCGUCUCGCCGAUCGCUUGUCUGGGCAAUUGGGCCGACCUGUCUGACUCCGAGGAGCAGGAGGAAGACCCUCCAUCUGGCUUGCUCUCAAUUGGGCUCAGUAGCUUCACCGAAAUUGGCGACUUCACGCCCGCGCUGCACGUGACGGGGAAUACGCCUGUAACCUUGAAAUCUGUUCUUGAUGAGGAUUCUGAACGUGACCGCACACCUCUCGGUAGCAAGACGCCCCUAAGUAGCAAGGCUUCAGCGUUUGUCCCAAUGACCGCGCUCAACAGCUGGGCUUCGGCGUUCGUUCCGCGCUCGUCGCCAGUGGUGAACGCACCCAAGGAGGAACCUUACUAUAUGGAUGACUCGCGCCCCAACAUCCUGCGGCAGAAAUCGACCAAGCCCCAAGCGCCUACCACAGUAAUGCUUCGCAAUUUGCCAUGUGGCUUCACCCGCAAGUCUUUGAUCUGGACUUUGAACAAUAAUGGGUUUGCAAGACAGUAUGAUUUUGUCUACAUCCCAAUGGACUUCAACACGAGGCUUUCCCUGGGCUAUGGCUUCGUGAACCUUGUGGAUGACAAGCACGUGCAGCGUUUCAUCGACGUCUUCGACGGUUAUAACCAGUGGUUUUGCCACUCGUCGGCGAAGAUUUGCGAGGCUAUGUGUCAGACGCAGGGCUUGCAGGCUAACAUCGAGCGCUAUCGGAACAGCCCCGUGAUGAGCGACGUGGUUCCCGAAAGGUUCAAGCCAGCCCUGUUCGUCGACGGGACGCAGGUCCCGUUCCCUGAGCCUACCAAGGAUCUGCCCCCGAUCCAGAAGAGAGUCCACAAGCCGUAUAUGCCUUGA